AUGAAUGGAUCCUUUCCAAUGCUCCCCUCUCUUAACCAACUUGACUUUGAGCUCAAAAAUAGACUCCGUGAAGAUGCACUAACUACUUCCUCAACAACUUCAUAUUCCAAUGCUGGCGCUUCAAAUGGCGCGUCUGUGGCGUUUGUCCCCCAGUCCAAGGCACCAUCGUCCGCGCCCUCAUCUCCCCUUGGCUCCUCAUUCUCCUCCAUCACCAUCCCUUCCUCCUCCACCAACUCCUCCCCAUCCCCCAAUGCUUCGCGCUCCACCUCUCCCUCUGCCGCGGCCUCAAAGUUGAGCACGGCCAAGUAUCAUCCCUAUGGCGGCAUGAUGCAUCCAUUGUUGUUGACCACCAACAAAGAAUAUAAAGCGGUGGCCGCUUCGGCCUAUGGCACAUCCCCAUCCUCUUCCUCUACCUCUACCUCUUCCACCACUUCCACCUCUUCCACCAAGCACUCCCUCUCCCAUUCCCAUUCCCAAUGCCCUCCCCUCCUUUAUUCAUGUUCCAAUGAUGAGGGCCUGUUCGAGUCGUCUGAUGACUCAUCGGCCAUAUUCACUUCCCCUCCUCACAUGACAUCUGCGCCCUCCUCUCCACUUGAGGACCCACGUUCAAUGGGUCACCGUCACUCGCAUAACCCAAUGCCCUAUCUCUUGGACGUUGGAGUUGUUGGCGUUGCCGCCCAGACCAAGGUUUCUGCCUGGUCUCAGGCCGCGGGUGAGCCAUCAAUGGCCAUCAGACAGGGUGGUCCCACACCCCUGGAAUGCUUCCGUCGCAUCUUCCACAAUGUCAUCAUCCAGUUGGUUGACAUGAUCGCGCGUGUCAGGAGCAAGGAAAUCAUGUCCAGACCCAUCUCAUUGUCGCACUUCAUUGGCGGUCGCUUUCCAAUCACCUCCAACCUCAUUGAAUCAUUCAUUGUCGUCUCGCUCUUCAUAAACUCUCACUCUCUCGACCGCAUCUCUGACUACUGGAGCUCGGAGCAGGCCCGCGUCUUCCCCGAGGUUGGCCAAAUCCCCAAGAUCCUGUCGCGCAACAAGUACUUUGACAUCAAGAGCACGCUGGCCAAUGUCUUGGACGUGGACAUACUCGAGACCAUCCAGCGCCAGAUCUACAUCGACGUUAACAAGAACUGCCAGAGUGUCAAUCCCGAGCCCCUCCAAUCCAGCUCGUUCAAGACUCCUGUGAAGCAUCGCAACUCGUCCAAGGAGCUGGCCACAUUCAAUGUGUUGAUUGAGUAUGGCAUGUCACAAGUAUGCUAUCUCUACAAUAUGUUGCAGGCCGUCAGUGGUGGCAAUAGCCAACAAUCCUUUGUGCCAUUGGUCACCAUCGUGGAGAUGCUCACCGAGCAGAUCUGUCCCAUUGGUGAUUCACUGCCAUCGCCAUCCACAUCGCCCAAGACAGUCCCAGUUUCACCAUUGGCAAUAUCCAAUAGCCAUAAUAUUAAUAAUGUUGGUAAUGGUAGUAAUGGUGGUAAUGGAGCACAGUCUGUAUCCAUGAACAUGAGUAUUGGAUCAAUUACCAACAACAACAACAUGUCAACAUCAAGACAAUCACCAAACUCAUCAACAUCAAUGUCCAAGAGAGUCCAAUCAAUGUAG